AUACGGUUUUGAUGCAAUCAAAUUCACAAGUUUGCAUUGCCCUGAAUGUGUUUGUGUUGUGGCAAUGCAAAUUUGUUUUUUUACAGAGGCUAUAAUUAGUCCUUUUUUUUUUUUUUUUAAGAGGUGGGGUUGUGUUUUUUUUAUUUAUUUUUGUUGUUGUUUAAGUGCUGAACAUUUGUUAGUGAAAGGUAACAGUGCUGUACUCUUUGUCACUGCUACUUUUUCUUACUUUUUUUUUUUCUGGUCACUGCUUUAAAUUACAGAGAUGAACUUAACAUGCUCAAGUCACUGUCAAAGUGCUUCCAGUCUUGUGGAUAUUAUUAAAAGUAUUUCUCUAAUUGGGGUAGAGAAUAGAAAUUUGUGUGGAAUGCUCUGUUUAUGUGACUUGGCGCUCUAGUUAGAUUUGGGAUCUUCCAGAAGAUUUUGAUGUUCAGCAUCUGCCUCGUACUUUUGUAAAACCUUCUAAAUGUUUACACAGGCAUGCCUGCAUCUGUGGCUGUGUUUGAAGUUCCCCGAUUAGCCCACGAGUACUGUGUAGCUCUACAGAGAGAAAUGAGACAACUAACAAAAACAUUGUUGGGAACAGGGUGACUCAGCAUUGCUAAUGUGCUGAUGAAUCUUCAAAUAAAAGUAGUCGUUUACAUUUUAAAAAGAGAGAUUUCUGUCCUAUAAUAGUUUAUUUUAAAAUUUAGUACAAGCUUUCCUUGCUCCUGGAGUAUACUGCCUUAUAAGCUGAUGAUUGCAGAUUAAGUCAUUUUAUUUUACUGAAUUAUCAGUGUACACACAUGUCCAAGUGACUACUGAAUGUUACAAAACGCUUGCGGCAUUAUGAAUUGUAUAUGAGGUUUUUUUGCAAUUGCAAAUUGCAUUUGCACCAAAUGCAAAGAAUAUGGAGCCAAACAUCAUGGUGAUUGUGUUAAUGACAAGUUAUUUUAAAAGAUGAUUUCCUCAUAAAGUUUUCCUUCCUUACAUAAGUGUCUCCUAAAUGGCCUCUAAUGUUUGUAUACAUGUUUUGAAACUGUGGUAAGCAUUAAUCAGCAAAAUGGGGAUGGUACAGCAAUCUCAUAAACAAUGAAUGUUGCUAAAUAAUCAUAUUUAUGCUUGGAUAGCAGGACUAUAUAUGUCUGCUUGCCUGAUGUGCUUAGGAAGUUAAUGUUUUUUUUAUGAUGACAUAGUUGCCAUAUGCUUCACAGUCACCAGCAGGAGAUAAGCUCAAGGGUUUAUUCAGAUAUAACUCAUUGAAAUGCAAGUAUUAGAAAUCUGGGCAUAAUUUUAGUUGGAAGGAAGUAAAAUAACUCAAUGGAGUUAUAACACAAUGCUAAGAAAAGCAUUCCCUUUGCUCUGAGCAAUCUGCUAGAGGUUGUUCCAUCUGCCAUGAUGGGGUCUUUUGCCCAAUACCUGUCAGUUAUGUGUGAAGAUACGAUACUGUUAUCUGUGUUACCCCCUAUAAAGUGCUAGCAGCACUCAAAAGCUUUUAACUAGGAAUUGGGAGUGACAGAAGUCAGAAGCACAUGACUGCAUACUUCUCAGACAAAUGAGAAAUUAGUCAUACAAUAUGCAUCUUAGUUGAUGCAAAAGGCAGUAGAAAUAUGCCUGACUAAUAUGCCUGACUACGCCUGAUAAGACUUUAAGGAGGCAAUUUUGUGAAGUAUCUGAAUUCCCUUAUUUUCUCUUUCAUCUAGUGUUAUUCUACAACACAGCAGCAAAUCCUACUGCUGAGCAGGUAAGCUCAGUUCUUCCCAAACUUUUUAAGUGGCAGAAGCUCGCAAGCAAUGCUGAUCUGACAUCCUGGAGACCUGCCCACAGCACUUCUCUGGCAGCAGUAUAAGCUUCUGGGGACUCUCCCACCAGCUUUUACAGUCUAGACCUGGAUGGACUAACUGCAUCUAAAGAGGGUAACAGUUGCUCCGCAGGAGAGGCUGAAUUCUGGAAUCCGCUUUCUCCGCCACGUGUCAGCAAGAAGGAGAAGCUGCCAUUAAAUGGAAGAUAACUGAAAAGCACCUCUGGCUGGCCGCGCUGGCAGAGAGCUGUCUUCAGCACCUCGCCAUGGAGCUGCGCUUCGCCGCUUAGGCACGCCUGGCCGUCUCUGCACGCAGCAGUCCUCUUCUAUACUGAAAGAAGAAAUCCAGGUGAAGAAAAAACAUGCCUUUGUUUAGUAAAUCGCACAAAAAUCCUGCUGAGAUUGUGAAAAUUCUGAAAGAAAACAUGGCCAUAUUGGAAAAACAAGAAAAAAAAACAGACAAGGCAUCAGAGGAAGUGUCAAAAUCCCUGCAAGCAAUGAAGGAAAUUCUUUGUGGGACCACAGACAAGGAGCCACCUACAGAAGUAGUGGCUCAGCUGGCACAAGAAUUGUACAACAGUGGCCUUCUAGUGACGCUUAUUGCCAACCUGCAGCUGAUAGAUUUUGAGGGCAAAAAGGACGUUUCCCAGAUAUUUAACAACAUCUUGAGAAGACAAAUUGGCACACGCAGCCCUACUGUGGAAUACAUUAGCGCCCAUCCACAUAUCCUAUUCAUGCUUCUAAAAGGAUAUGAAUCCCCAAAUAUUGCCUUACGCUGUGGAAUUAUGCUGAGAGAGUGUAUCCGACAUGAACCAUUGGCCAAAAUCAUACUUUUUUCGGAACAAUUCAGAGACUUUUUCAAAUAUGUGGAAAUGUCGACGUUUGAUAUAGCUUCUGAUGCCUUUGCUACAUUCAAGGACCUGUUAACAAGACACAAGUUACUGGUAGCAGAAUUUCUGGAACAAAACUAUGAUACAAUCUUUGAGGAUUAUGAAAAACUCAUUAAUUCUGAGAAUUAUGUAACAAAGAGACAAUCUUUGAAGCUUCUGGGUGAAUUGAUUCUGGACCGACACAACUUUGCCAUCAUGACAAAAUACAUCAGCAAACCAGAGAAUCUGAAGCUGAUGAUGAACUUGCUGCGAGAUAAAAGCCCCAACAUUCAAUUUGAAGCAUUCCACGUGUUCAAGGUUUUUGUGGCCAGUCCAAACAAAACACAGCCCAUCGUGGAGAUCCUGUUGAAAAACCAACCCAAGCUAAUUGAGUUUCUGAGCAAUUUCCAGAAAGAAAGGACGGAUGAUGAACAGUUCACUGAUGAGAAGAACUACCUGAUUAAGCAAAUCCGAGACUUGAAAAAGCCAACAGCUUGAAGAACUCCACUCAUUUUCCACUGUAGGCAUUAAUCUCAUCUGUUAAGUUCCUCCGUGUCCCUUAAACACCACGAUAGUGCUUGAGAAGGCACAAGUGCCUGUUUUUUUUUUUCUUUCAUCUUUGUUCGUAGAUGUCAAGAGUAUAGGGGUUUUACAUGGAAACUAAAAAAAAAUUCAAAAAAACUAGAAUAAUAUAUUAUUUUUAAUCAAGACUAUAAUUAUUUAUGUCAGUUUAGAACCUGUUUGUAAUAGAAGCUGGUUUGACAGAUUUCUCUGUGCUCAAGGAGGAUGAACCUAUUUUGCUUAACUUUAUCGGCAAACUUGAGCUGUUGGUGAGUGCACAAAGUAGGUCUUCUGAGGACUAAUGCUCUUCCUUUGCACCUGUAGUUGUGACUUUGGUUUAGUGCUGCACACACACAAGACUGUGAAAGAGUACAUUCGUCUCUGGAGUUAGCUGCAGUUACAGAUUCUGUUCUUUAGUCAAAACAGCGGGAGAUAAAAGCAGUAAAGGUCACGCUUUCGCUUUAUUUUUGUGUUCUUUCAUCUUUAAGUUUUCCUAUACCCUAGAUCAGAGGUUUUCUAUUCAGUCUGUGCUAGGGAAGUGGACGAAGACAUCAGCCAGGUGAGCGGUUUCUGCCAGCCUCCCAUUUUCCUGUACACGAUCUACCUUGUGCUAGGGCACAGGCUGUUCCCACCGGUUUCUGGCCAGACUGAUGGACCGUGUAGUCCCCGGUGGGAGGAAGGCAAGAGCAUCCCCUCCUUCUGUCAAGGCCCAUGCAGUAUUGCUAAUAAAAUGAUCGUACUCCUACUAAAACCAGCAAGAAGUCUGUCCCCAGUCUCGGUGUGUGGUGGCCAGAGCUGUGUGGUUGAACCCCACCGAGUACUGGCACCGCUGUAGCUCACGAGCUGGUCCUUUGUGCUUCCCGGUGCUGGGAGUGCUUUGGCCAAGAUUUUUACAUCUGGGUGCUGAAAGGAAGGGUCCCAGUUGUAAAUGGCCUCAGCCUGAAUCACCUGAGUGGCCCCUGGAGUCAUUCGGGGGCUGCACUUGCUCUCAAAGCUGAGAGCAUUUAUCGGAUACCUAAAUCGAGUUGAGGCGGCCAUUUAGCAGCCCUAGGCACCUCAGGCUACUUCGUGGCUGGUGUUUUCUGUCCUUGUUCAUUCAGAUGUGAAUUCGGGUUCCGUGGUAGGUUUCAGAAGCGGAAAUCAUUGCACUGUUCACGUUUUAAGUUUAAUAAGCUCUGCGGUCCAAACAGUGUUUCCCAGGUGUGUUUGAACGGUUUUUUGGGUGUCUUCUGUUUUCUAGUGGGGAAAUGAAAAUGUUACUCUGAUGCUUUAUUGGGAAGUGGAGUUUGAGAGCAGGGAGUGGAAAUUUCUUGAGUUUUUCUUGACAGCCUAAGUUCUGAGUUUUCCUGUUUGUUGUAAGGCAGUUAUCUAGCUAAAGCUAUAGCUAACGCUUCAGAUAAAAAGGUGAAACUGAACUGUAAAAACAGAACAAGACUUUUUCCUUCAUAAAGCGGUUGUAUAUUGGGGUGUCUGAUACUUUUAAUUUAUGUGCUUUAGAAAAGAAAUUGAACAGAUUGUAGAGUCACAUUUUUUGUUUUAUUUUGUUUUAUUUUUUUCAGAUGUCAGAUAUACACAAAAAAUGUACAUCUUAGUUGCCUGGAAUUUAAAAAGAAAAUAUUUACAAGCUAUUAAAGGCAUGAUUACUGAUUA